GUUACCAAUGCUUUGAUUGUUGCUAUGUGGACGAAAUGGAGUUUUUGCGGGUCGUAAAGCCAUGGCGAUUUUUUUCUGAAUUAUUUAUGUAGCUAGUUAACUUUGUCUAUGAUCAUAAUACCUAUUAUGUUUAUCUGCACUUGUUUUAGACAUCAGUGAUCGGUUGAAUUUAGGACAUCAACGAUUGAAAGUGACAACAUCCAGAAUCCGUCAUGUCCAUCGACUUCGACAGCGUUGCUUUACAAGCUCAGCAGGAAGAAGAGGAGGAAGACUAUGAUGCGGAAGACUAUGCCAGGGAGCAGGAGCUACAUCGGCUCCUGACGGAUCUUCCGGAUGACAUGCUAGAGGACAGCCGGGACUGCUCCUCCCCAGAGCUGGAAUACUCCACCUGUCGUGACCGCAACGCUGACCACAGAACUCCGCUUCAGUGGGAACAGCAGCCUAACUGGACUGAUCAACAGGGCGUUUCUGCUGCUGACGAUAACUACGAGAAUGGCUAUGACCAGGAAGCGUACCCAUAUGAAGACGGGGCGGAGAACUUUAACGGGCACGCCCACCUGCACCACCACGCGGGUCAGGAGUACGUGAACGGGCACGGCGGGUACGCCUACCCCAGCCUGGGCACGGAGGAGUCUGCCAUUAGCAAGGACUUCUCUCCCGAAGAGGAGCGCCAGCAUGACGUGUACCCGCCGCAGUCUGGCCACCUUGGAGAGGAGUACCAGCACGAACCGUACCUGGCCCAAUCUGGCCACCCUGGAGCUGAGUACCGCCAGCCUGAGGGACAGGCCGAGGAGCUGGACUAUGGAGACCAGACCAGCACCAGACCACUCUUCCAGAAUUUUGAAGGUGAAAGAGCAGGGGAGAGCGUGCCGGACCAUUACAAGGCCCACUACAACCCCGCCCAGCCCAGGAUGUUCAACCCGGAGGUGCCCCGCCAAGAUGGCCGCUUCGAGCCGCUGCAGAGGCAGUUCCUGGACGCGGGUCAGGAUUCCGCAGAUCACCAGCAGGUGGCGCAGCUGCAGAUUCUCAACAAGGCACUGUCCAGGCAGGUGGAGGAUCUGGAGCAGAAGCUGGAAGACAGUAAGCGCAAGAUGAGAUACCUGGAGCACCAGUUUGCCAUCAUCAAAGAUGAGAAGGAGGGUCUGGCGGUUUCCCUGAGGGAGGCUGGUCACGUGAUGGAGGAGGCCAGGGAGCAGGAGGUGCAGCUGCAGGGGAAGAUCAAGGCGCUGGAGCUGCAGGUCCAAGCGCAGGCCGACAGAGAGCAUGAGAGCGUGAAGAAGCAGCGGAUCGCAGAGGUAGCGGUGGACAGCGUGAAGCUGCAGAUGGCGGAGCUGUGUCGCUCGGAGACGCUGUCCCGCGCGCGCGAGCAGCACGACCGCGACCUGGCGGCCCUGCGCGAGCAGCACGAGAGCCGCACUCUGGCCCUGCAGCAGAGCCUGGACGCUCUCAAACAGGCCCUGGAGGAGAAGGCUGAGCUGUGCCAGAGGCUGCAGGAGCAGGUGAAGAAGGUGGAGCGGGAGAGGGAGGAGGAGAAGCUGGAGAGAGCGGGAAUCAUCAACACUCUCUCACAGCGCCUGGAGGAGAGCCAGACGCAGUGUGCUAACCUGCUCCAAACUGGCACCGCCCAGGAGGUCAGCCAGCUGCGGAUCCAGCUGCAGCAGGCGCAGUCCCUGAAGUGCCUUAACGACAGCAUGAACAAAUCGCUUCAGGAGGAGCUGGCCGACCUGAAGGAGCAGAUCACUCUGUACGAGUCCGGCAUCAAGCUGGGGGCGGUUUCGCUGGACUCCAACGGCGAGUGGGAGAACGAGCUGUCUGACUCCUACGUUCAGCUGGGCAUCAAAAAAGCCAACUGGAGGAACGGCAAGCUUCACAGGCCCCUCUCAGCCGUGGUGUCCGACAGCAGCCUGCCGCGAGACGAGCUGGUGGCGGAGCUGAAGGCCGAGCUGCAGCGCUUCCUGGCCAGUCUGAAGGGCAAGAGGAAGAAGAUCUCUCACCUGCAGGAGGAGCUGGACAAGGCCAAGAGCCACGCCCAGGACCUGCGGGACCAGCUGGAGCGGGCUGAGAAGAGCGCCCGCGACUCGAAGGUGAGGGAGACCAGUUUGGAGAAACAUCUGGAAACCUCUGGCGCAGGAGUGGCUGCGCAGGAGGACCUGGCGAAACUGCAGAAGGAGAAGCAGCACCUGCAGGAGAGCAUACAGACCCUGGAGAGGCAGAAGGAGGAAAUGAGGCGGAGCGAGGAGAAGCUGAAAUCGGACAAUCUGGAGCUCUGCACCAAGAUGAGGGAGAUGAUCCAGGAGUUUGACCAGGAGAAGCAGGAAGCUGCAGAGAGGUAUGAAAGGACGCAGCAGCAGUACAGGGAUGAUGUGGUGAACCAUGUGCGUGAGGAGCUUACCCGCGAACACACCGCUCAGCUGGAGGAGCUGUCUGCCGAGUUUCAGCUCAAGAUCCAGCACCUGGAAUCCCAGCUGGCGGAUGGGAGUAAGGAGAUGCUGGCGGUGCAGGAGUGCUACAUCACCGUCUGCAGGGAAAAGGACGCUCUGGAGCAAGACCUGCAUGCCAGGAUGGAGGAGGAGAGGAAGAGCAUGGAGGAGGAACUGAAGGCUCUGAUGGGGGAGGAGCGAAGCCGAGCCCUGGCGGAGCUGAGAGCUGCGCUGGAGGAGGAGCACCGGGCCGCGCUGGCCGCCUCCAGGGCUCAGUGGGCCCAGGAGCAGGAGGCCGAGGUCCUGCAGCAGGUCCAGUCCCAGCUGGCCCAGGCCAAGGCCGCCUGGCAGGACCAGCACAGCAAGGCAUCCCAGGCCGCGAUGGAGCGGGUGGAGAAGGAGUGGAGGCGCCGGCUGGAGGAGGCCCAGGGGCGCGGCGGUGCGGCGCGUGGGGGCGGGGCCCAGGACCGCGCCUCGCAGACGGACGCGGCGGUCUCGCUGGACGCGCGGCUGGCCUCUCAGAGGCUCCGGCUGCAGCGCGAGGCUGACGAGGCCAGGGCGCGGGCUGUGGAGGAAGCCGCCAAGCGCGCCAGACAGGAGCUGCAGGACACAGACCUGCAGGAGCUCACGCAGCAGGUUGAGAGCGCGGUGUCCAGGGCCCGUGGCUGCUGGUUACAGGAAAUGACCUCACUUCCCGAGUUUAAGACCCACCUCCAGACGCAGAGACGGGAGUGGGAGAAACAGCAGGAGAAGAACGUUGCUCAGCAGGUCUCCAUGGCGCUGAAGGAGGCAGAGGACAGCUGGCAGCGCACUCACCUGAGGAAGCUGGAGGAGCUGGAGGCGGAGCAUCACAAGGAGGCGGAGUCUCUGCGCCGCCAGCUGGAGCAGCAGCGGGAGGAGGAGCAGGCCCUGCUGAAGGUGGAGCUGGCGCGGGCCCGCACCUCCUGGGGGCGCGAGAAGCAGGAGGAGAUGUCCCGCCUCCGGGCCCAGAACGAGCAGGACUACCGCUCCUUCCUGGAGCAGCACCGGGCCCAGCUGGAGCAGGCCCUGGCACAGGCACGGGAGGAGGCCAAUCGGCACCACGCCCAGCUCCUCCUGCAGAAGGAGGCGGAGUUUCAGAGGCUCCUCAGGGCCAGGCAGGAGGAGUGGAGCGCCCAGCAGGAGCGCAGGAGCCGGGACGAGAGGGAGCAGUACCGUGAGGAGGCCCUGAGUGAGGUGCGAGCCGCGCUGGACGCGCUCCAGAACCACCUCAGCGAAGGCCCGGAGAGGAACGGGCAGUGUGGCGAGGGCGGCAGUUCUGCCAGUCUGCCAGAGGGGGCGCUGUGGGCUUGUGUUCAGGCCGGCUGCAGGAACCUGCUGUCUAAGGCUGUGGCCCAGGCCAAGCAAGAAUGGAAGAAGAGUGGUCAGGGGAAACCAGGCCGGGUGUUGAAGGAAUCCCAGGACCAGCGGGAGAAAGAUCCGUGCCAGAAUCCCACUCCCCAGCCCUGCAGUGGCGUCUGCGCAGAGCGGGUGGGGCGGCUGCAGAAGCACCUGGAGAAGGCCUGUCGCCAGCUGCAGCACACCGUGCGCGAGAACAAGGCCAGCGCGCAGCGGCUGAAAGAAGAGCACGAGGCGGCCAUUCGAGUGAUGGAGCAGGAGCACCAGAGGAAGCUCCAGGAAGUGAGGAGGUCCAGCGGGGGGUGCUCUCCAUCUAAUUCCCCCCGGGGUCUGCAGGCGGGGCUGGAGGAGAUGAAGGACCAGUACAUGAGAGCAGUGGGGAAGAUCAGAGGGGACAUGCUGAGGUACCUGCAGGAGAGUAAGGAGCGGGCGGCCCAGAUGAUCCGGCAGGAGGUGCUGCGGGAGCGGAGGGACACGGCCCGCAAGAUGAGGCGCUACUACCUGAGCUGCCUGCAGGAGCUGCUGCAGGACGCCGGGACCAGCCAGGGGGCAGAGAAGAAGAUCCUCAGCGCAGCAAGCAAGCUGGCAGCCAUGACCAAAGUUCUGGAGACACCGCUGUCUAAGAGGAGGGAGGGCAAGACUCGUGCAGGGCAGAGUGCAUCAAAGGCCAAGGGGGCUACAACUGAAGACAAAUCCCAGAAAUCGUUAAUUUCCCCUUCAGACCUGAGCCAAGCUGGGGGGCGUAAGGACUCUGAGGGGAACCAGAAGUCCCCCAGUGCUGAUGCCAACCCUGAAACAGGUCCGCUGAAGACUACUGGGAAUUGCAGCAGUGACAGGACCACACCCAUGGGUGAAGCUCCUUGUCAGGAUUCACUGAAGCUCAUGAAGUGGAGGGUCCCUGAGGAGGAUGGUUUCAAAGCCCCGCCCACUCACUUCCUGUCUCGUACACCUGUAGGUGGGGCAGGGCGCAAUACCUCAGCGGCUGUCUGUACCGGUGAUGUAACAGCAGCCAACGUAACCAUGAGAACGCACAGCAGGGAGCUGAGUGGCGGGGGUCUCUUCCAGACAAAGGCCUACCAUGCUACUGAGGCCGCCAGUGAGCCUUUCCUCAUCAAGGAGACCCCUGUCAGGGAUGAAGGAAGCCAUAGCGACUGGAGCGCGAUCAGCAUGGGAGCGCACUUCAACCACCUUUUCCCCAACGCCAACCGGGGCCAAUCCUUCCAGCUGGACGCCCCUUCAUCGGCCUCUGUCUCGGACACGGACGAGGACGACUUCAGGACGAUUGCCGUCACCGCCAAGCCCGAUUUCAGAGGCGUUCCCAGAGGGUCGUCUGGCUCCAGGAGCAGACCCGGACCCAGGGAGCCAACGCCGGGGUCGGAGGGAGAGAGACUCCGCAGGUUCUGCUCCAAGAACCUCUUCUCAGAGCUGAAAGGCUGCCAGCAGGACAGUGGCUUUGACAGCCCUCUGUCUCUCCUGCACAAGUAAAGCCCAUGUCUGCGCUGCAGGUCCUUGUGCCGGGUGAACUCUCAGGCCAACCUUAGGGCCUGGAAGGAUGAGUGGAUAAAAUGCCUACCCGUGUUUGUGUGGGUGUCCUGAGUCCUCACUUUGUCGGAGAAGUGGGUGACAACUAACGCACAAGAUUGAACAGAUGCACAAGGUCUGUGUCUGUGUCAGUGGAGGAAUUUGCCUGUUCUGGUGUUCUAAAAAUGAUUGAAGUACCUAAUCUGGUGAGUCUGAAUUUUGCGUGCGUGUGUGUGUGUGUGUGUGUGUGUGUGUGUGCGUGCAUUUGCUUGUGUGUGACUGUUUUGUAAUGAGUGCAGUAGUUUUUAUUUUUUUAUUUCACGUUUUUAUAAUACAGAUUUUAAUUUAUGGCUUUUGUCUUAUGUCAGUUUAUGUAAUAUGUGAUGCCUAUGACAAAUUAUAAAAUAAAUUAUUUUUUGACACCUUU